AUGACGUGGUUUAGGGCUGGAUCCGGUGUGGCAAAGCUUGCAAUCAAAAGAACCUUAUCACAAACUGGAACAUAUGCAGCAAGGAAGCAUCUUCUUCCUUCACAAACUCGACAUUUUCACACAACACUUUUCAAAUCAAAAGCACAAUCUGCACCUGUCCCAAGACCUGUCCCCCUUUCUCGCCUAACAGACAGUUUCUUAGAUGGAACUAGCAGUGUCUACCUUGAAGAGCUUCAAAGAACAUGGGAAAACGACCCACAAAGUGUCGAUGAAUCAUGGGACAAUUUCUUCAGAAACUUCGUAGGCCAAGCUUCCACAUCCCCUGGAAUAUCUGGCCAAACAAUCCAAGAAAGCAUGCGUUUGUUGCUUCUUGUUAGAGCUUACCAAGUAUAUGGCCACAUGAAAGCCAAAAUCGAUCCAUUGGGUCUUGAAAAACGCGAAAUCCCAGACGAUUUAGACCCUGCUUUCUAUGGUUUCAGUGAAGCCGAUUUAGAUCAUCGUGAAAGAUGCAACUGGUUAAGAGACAGAAUCGAAACCCCAACUCCCACUCAAUACAACAGUGAAAGACGUGAAGUCAUUCUUGAUAGACUCAUUUGGAGCACACAAUUCGAAAACUUUUUAGCCACAAAAUGGACAGCUGCCAAAAGAUUCGGACUUGAAGGAGGUGAGACUUUAAUCCCAGGUAUGAAAGAAAUGUUUGACAGGUCAGCAGAUCUUGGUGUUGAAAGCAUUGUAAUCGGAAUGUCCCACAGAGGAAGAUUAAAUGUGUUAGGAAACGUUGUUAGAAAGCCUUUACGCCAAAUCUUCAGUGAAUUUAGUGGAGGAACAAAACCUGUUGAUGAAGUUGGGCUCUACACUGGAACAGGUGAUGUGAAAUAUCACUUGGGUACUUCAUAUGAUCGCCCAACAAGAGGUGGAAAGAGGAUUCAUUUGUCUUUAGUUGCAAACCCUAGUCAUUUAGAAGCUGUUGACCCUGUUGUGGUUGGAAAAACAAGAGCAAAACAGUAUUACUCAAAUGAUGCUGAUAGAACAAAGAACAUGGGAAUCUUGAUUCAUGGAGAUGGAAGUUUUGCUGGACAAGGUGUGGUGUAUGAGACUUUACAUUUAAGUGGUCUUCCAAAUUACACGACAGGUGGAACAAUUCAUAUUGUAGUCAACAAUCAGGUUGCUUUCACUACUGAUCCACAAGCUGGAAGGUCAUCACAGUAUUGUACAGAUGUUGCUAAAGCUUUGAAUGCUCCUAUCUUUCAUGUCAAUGGUGAUGAUGUGGAAGCGGUUGUUCAUGCUUGUGAGCUUGCAGCAGAAUGGCGUCAGACAUUCCAUUCCGAUGUUGUUGUUGACAUUGUUUGUUAUCGGAGGUUUGGGCAUAAUGAGAUUGAUGAACCUUCUUUUACACAACCUAAGAUGUACAAGAUUAUUAGGAAUCAUCCUUCUUCACUAGAAAUCUACCAGAAGAAGCUUCUAGAAACUGGGCAAGCUACAAAAGAAGAUAUUGAUAGAAUACAAAGCAAGGUUACCUCGAUUCUUAAUGAGGAAUUUCUUGCCAGCAAGGAUUAUGUCCCUCAAAGAAGAGAUUGGCUUUCAGCUUAUUGGCUUGGAUUUAAAUCCCCUGAACAACUUUCACGUAUUCGUAACACUGGGGUGAAACCUGAGAUUUUGAAGAAUGUUGGAAAGGCGAUUACGACCCUUCCGGAAACUUUUAAGCCUCAUAGAGCUGUUAAGAAGAUAUUUGCAGACCGAUUUAAGAUGAUUGAAAGUGGAGAGGGUGUUGAUUGGGCAGUUGCAGAAGCUCUUGCUUUUGCAACAUUACUUGUGGAAGGAAAUCAUGUGAGAUUGAGUGGUCAAGAUGUUGAAAGAGGUACUUUUAGUCACAGACAUUCUGUUAUCCAUGAUCAAGAAACAGGGGAUAGAUACUGUCCGUUGGAUCAUGUCAUGAUGAAUCAAAACGAGGAAAUGUUUACUGUUAGCAACAGUUCUCUUUCGGAGUUUGCUGUUUUGGGAUUCGAAUUGGGAUAUUCAAUGGAAAACCCUAAUUCAUUGGUGUUAUGGGAAGCUCAAUUUGGGGAUUUUUCAAAUGGAGCUCAGGUGAUAUUUGAUCAGUUUUUGAGCAGUGGGGAGGCUAAGUGGCUGAGACAGACUGGGUUAGUUGUGUUGCUACCUCAUGGGUAUGAUGGUCAAGGCCCUGAACACUCAAGUGCAAGACUUGAGCGUUUUCUUCAGAUGAGCGAUGAUAAUCCUUUUGUUGUACCUGAAAUGGAACCAACACUCCGCAAUCAAAUCCAAACAUGCAACUGGCAAGUUGUCAAUGUCACAACUCCCGCAAACUACUUCCAUGUGUUACGUCGACAGCUGCAUAGGGAGUUCCGCAAGCCGCUUAUUGUAAUGUCCCCAAAGAAUCUACUUCGUCACAAAGAAUGCAAAUCAAAUCUAUCAGAGUUUGAUGAUGUCCAAGGUCACCCAGGUUUUGACAAACAAGGAACAAGAUUCAAGCGUCUGAUAAAAGACCAAAAUGCCCACUCGGAUCUUGAAGAGGGCAUUAGACGUUUGGUUCUUUGCUCUGGAAAGGUUUAUUAUGAACUUGAUGAAAAGAGGAAGUCAGUUGAUGCCAAAGACAUUGCAAUUUGCAGAGUUGAACAGCUUUGCCCCUUCCCAUAUGACCUCAUCCAGCGUGAACUCAACCGCUAUCCAAAUGCAGAAAUUGUGUGGUGUCAAGAGGAGCCAAUGAACAUGGGAGCCUACAAGGCACCAUUGACGAUGUCAAAUACGUCGGCCGCGCUCCCUCUGCCGCCACCGCCACUGGUUUCUACACCGUUCACGGAAGAGAACAGUCGGAACUCGUCCAAAACGCCCUCCAAUCUGAACCCAUCACCACCAACCCCACCCUAUGCUAAAACCCUAAUUCCCGGGUUUUUGUCUUUUUGUGGAGUGACGUGCGGGGGUGUUUUCUUUUUUUGAUUUUAUUUGUGCAUCGGGGGAAAAUGUUAUGUAAUAAUUACAACAAGGUGAGAUUUUUAUACGUCUCCUGCCAUGUGUUCAUGGCGUAAUCAGUUUUUUUUAAAAUUUUUUUUUAAUAUGUGUUGGUGAAUCUUGAUGAUGAUAUCUGAAAAUGAUUUAUUUUUGAAA